UAACAAACAAUUUUGGUUUGGCGAUUAUCGGCAAUCGGCAUUCGGCAUAUUUCAAAAAGACACGGUGAUUCGGUUGCGCUAUUUCUUAUUAAAAUGAUUUCUUGCUUGAUUUUAUGUUUAUUUGUCGGAUUUUCUUUUGGGUUUACUGAUAAAGAAUCGCCACCGCAAUGGAGUGAUGUAUAUGCUGUAAAAGGACUCUUAAACAUCCCUUAUGCAGAACUACACGAGCCAUUCUAUGCCUGGUACGAUAGGAAAAAUGCUAAAUCCCGUAUUGAUUACUAUGGCGGAAUGGUUAAGACAUACCAGUUUGAGGCCAGUGUCUUUCCGAAUUUCGGUACAUCUAUAAAGAUAGCACCAAUCACAACGGAGCAUGUUCUAAAUCAAGAAACAUGUCUCCAAGUGAAUGGCACAGAGGACAGCAGUAUCAGCAUCCAGUCUGUGUUACCUGAUAUGUCCGACUUCAAGUAUGUGGGUUCAGAGACGAUGCAGGAUUCGGAUACGGCUAAAUGGCGUAUGGUGAUGACGGUGGGUGAUAAAGUCAAUAAGUAUACGAUGUGGGUGAAAUACAAGAAGAGCUUACGGGGUGAUCCCAUACCAAUACCAGUGAGGUAUGAAAUGAAAGGUUACAAUUCCCUCCUCGGUUCACACUACGACCACUAUUACAUCGACUAUGCCGAAUACUGUGUUGACGAAAUUGACCAAAAUGUUUUCGAGGUCGACCCAAAAAUGAAAUGUACUUCGUUCCCUGGUCCUGGAUCCCGACACUUCGCCACGUUUAAUCCUAUGAAGGAGUUUGUUCAUCCCGUUCACAACACGCAUGUUGAUGAUGAGUUUGACAGAUUCCUGAUGAAGCACAACAAACAAUACUCCUCACACAUAGAAGAAGCUAAACGACUUAACAUUUUCCGUCAAAAUCUCAGAUACAUUCACUCUAAUAAUCGUGCACGUCGCGGAUUUACUAUGUCUGUGAAUCACCUCGCCGAUCGAACUGAUGAUGAACUGGCUGCUCUACGUGGAAGGAAAUAUAGUGGACCAAACACGGGUCUCCCCUUUCCCUACAGUAAAUCUGUAAUUGAAGAAAUGAGUGUGAAACUCCCCCCAGAGUUCGACUGGAGGCUCUUUGGGGCUGUCACUCCUGUCAAAGAUCAAUCAGUAUGUGGUUCUUGCUGGUCCUUCGGAACGGUGGGCGCCGUCGAAGGCGCCUUGUUCCUUAGUAACGGAGGUCAUUUAGUCCGCCUGAGUCAACAGGCCCUAGUGGAUUGUUCUUGGGGUUUCGGCAACAAUGGCUGUGAUGGCGGCGAAGACUUCCGCGCCUACCAGUGGAUCAUGAAGCAUGGCCUACCUACCGAAGAGGACUAUGGAGGCUAUUUGGGGCAGGAUGGGUACUGCCACAUUGACAACGUCACUCUGGUGACUUCAAUGAAGGGCUGGGUCAACGUUACUGUUAAGGACGAGAAGGCUCUCAUGCUGGCUUUAUUCAAACACGGCCCGAUCUCAGUUGCAAUCGAUGCCAGCCACAAAAGCUUUAGCUUUUACUCCAACGGGGUCUACUAUGAACCUAAAUGCAAAAACAAAGUGGAGGAACUAGAUCACGCCGUACUCGCGGUGGGGUAUGGGGUGCUAAACGGCCAAAAAUACUGGCUGGUUAAGAAUUCUUGGUCCAAUAUGUGGGGCAAUGAUGGUUACGUACUCAUGUCUAUGAAGGACGAUAAUUGUGGGGUCCAGGCGGCUCCCACUUAUGUUCUUAUGUAAUAGGAAUAUGUGGUUUGGUCUGUGAGAUGAAGGGAUAUGAUAAAAUUUAUGGGUUAAAGUUUUUAGCUGCUUUUAAGUCGCCAUCGUUUAUUUUUAGUCUAUGGUUUUAAUAGUCGACAUUUUAAUAAGAUUUUUUUUUCGCCUUCAUAAAAUUUAUUGAAACAAAACCGGAUAUAAUAUAUACAAUGAAAACAUUGAAGUAAUGUAUGUAUAUAUAAUAUGUUGACAUUAAAAUACAAUAUAGCAUAUAUAGUAGUAAAAAAAUUGUUGGUUUUGAAUUGGUCUCACAGACCGAAACUUCUAAAAUAGUACAACAUUAAUUAGUACUCAUUUGAAUCUCAAAUAAUGUGUAAUAUGAUUAGGAGAUUAAUACACAUACAUGGAAUAGAUAAUAUAAUUCAGGCAAUUUCUAGUACAAACUCGACCAAUCGCCCUUCUAACCUAUUUAUCUAUUUCAUGGUCGUAAACGUACGAUAAACAUCAAAUAGAUCUGGAAUUAUGUGCGCUGUAUGUAGCAAAUAAUAUGCUUUAUCUUUAUUACCGUAAGUUUUUCUAAUUAUUAAAAUGUUAUAGAAUUAUUAUAUGAAUAAAUCAGAUAUAAAUUAGUUUCAUCAUAAUUUCAAGAUUCCUUUUUGUCCUGCUCCUUAGUGACGCAUAUCCGAACCAAUUCGACUUAGGAUCUUUCGAUAAUCAAUUUCUAAUAGGCACUUAUUACAAAAAAAUCCCGACUUAUUUUUUUUAUUUUUGAUGUUGAAAACUUGACGUCCUUGGUCAUAUAUUUUAGUCUUGUUUCGUGGACGUCUCCAUUAUUGGUAAUUUAAUUAAAUGCUUUUUAUGCAUAUCUGUUAUUAAAAUAAUGCUAUAAUUCUGUCUACAUUCCUUUGUAUAAGACAUGAUGUAGUCCUCAGUAGUGUAAAAAAUUUGGAAUCUAUCACGAUUUAUUUGUCUGUAAUCUUACCACGCUUUGGAUGGCUACUGUAUUAUAGGUCUUGUUAAAAAUAAAAGUUAGUAUGUAUAAGAGAAAUAAACGAAUAUUGUAUAA